AUGAGUCGACUCGACUCCGCUGCUGUGUUAGUUGAAUAUGACUCUCUUGCCGAACUCCAAAUCCACGUUGACCAUUUAUUUUCUUUUUCACUUGUCAUAGAUCUUUAUCUCAUCACGUUCUUAUUUUUCGAGUUGACUCAAAUUUUUCCUUCAUUUUUGUUUAAACGUGUAUUUUUAAGUUAUUUUUGCGCUUCACUUAUUCCCUCUAGUGACCACUCUGCUGUUGGCACUUUGAAAAAAGCUUGAAAACCUGAAAAUCAGUGCAAGGGCCAUUGAUAAAGCUUACAGUCUCUUUUUUCAAAUUUCGAGGAAAUUGCGCCCCGCUGCACUCGGCUCUGUGGGUUUACAAAAACUUCCUUUUGUUUUUUCUGCUUUUCAAAAGUUUCUUGUAAUUUUCUUACUUCACAAAGAUUAUAAGUUAAAAAGUUAUUUUAAAAUGUAAGAGGAUUUUUCCCUCUGUAUAAAAAAAUGUAUUUAUUAAAGGUUCUAUGUUUUUCUAUAAAAAUCGUUUUCAAGGGUUUUUUUCCUUUCAUAUCGUAGUUUGAGAGUUUUUUUAAAUUCCAUUUUUAAAAUUAUCUCCUUAAAUGUUACAUUUUUCUUGAUUUUCAAUCUACUAUCUUUUUUAUCACUCUUAUAUCGAUAUACUCGUUUACCUCGAUUCUUUUUCAAAAAUAAAAAAAGUUAUACUUUUUAGAAUGACCGAUCAAAAUACCCAUAACACUUUGUAAAUUGUGUCGACGGCAAAUUUCUGGAGAAGACGUCGAAAAAUGUUACAACUGCUGAGGAGGCUUUCCAAUGCGUUUUGUGCUUCGGGAUUUUGGAUCCGGAUUUUAUUGCUGAGGUGAAGGAAUCGCUCAGCAUUUCAUUUUGUUACUUUUUUUGAGGCAAAAUGGCUUCAAAAAAACAUGGAAAUUAACUUUGUUUCAAUUUUUCUACAAAGGAUAUUUGAACCAAGUGUAGAAAAAAAUUGUAUAGAAAUUUCGAAAAAUUACUAAUUUACAAAAAUAUUUUCUGAUGAUUUUCACUGUUGAAAGAUUUUUUUGGUGACUUUUGAAAGCAAAGAUGGCUUUUUUUCUUGUGACUGAUUUUAAAAUUCCGAGAGCAUUUUUAUCAAUAAUUUGAACAGUCCGUGGUAGUAAUUAUUGUCAGGAUUAUAAGGUUAGGAGCGGAUUUUUGAGGAUUUUCAGCUUUUUGAGCGUUUUUUAAUGGUUUUCACUGUUGCAGGCCUUGUUUUCGAGAUUUUUUUGAACCAUUCUAGAGAUUUUUAAAAAUCAUAGCAAGAAUAAUAGGAAAGUAAUAUCACAACCUUGAUAAAUUUCAUUUUCUAAGCCUUUUUCAGUUAUUGCUACUUCUAAAUGACACAAAUUCAACAUUCAGGUUUCAGCGAGCGUCGCGGAAUCUUUGGAAAAGAUGCCCUACGAUGCAAAUACAUUCAUAUUGGCGCUGAACCUUCCAACCUCCCAAACUCUUCGAGAAUCUUUGAUCUCGAAAUUAAGAACGGAUUUCCGCGGGAUUUUGAUCCAAGUGCCCUUUAAAGUGCGCAAUGUAGACGCCUACAUUAAGAAAAAUUGGCGAGGUUCGUUUUGGAAUCUUUUUGAUUAAACUUUUUUUGAUAUUGUAAAUAUAAUAUUUUCCGUGUUUUAGAGGCUAGCAAGUGAAAAAUUUGUGAUGUUUCCUUGAAAUUUUCACCAAAAAAAGGAAAAAAAUCCAUGCGAAAAAUUAGAAAAAAAGGAUUUUUUUCUGUUGAUAUCAAUGCAUUCAAAAAAAUUAAUUAAUUUUUUUAAUUUUUUUGUUAUUUUUUUAGGUGAAAUAUUUAAGAAUCAACUUUGAAAGUUCUGAAUUUUAGGGUUGAGUGAGAAUUUCAAGGGUAGAAGAAAAAUUAAAAAAACAGGAUUUAUUUAAAAAUUUUUUUGGGACUGGAAAAAUAAUGAGAAAAAGCUUGAAUGAUUGGGAAAAAUUGAAGGAAUAUUGAGAUUUUUUUAUAUUUUUUUAUUAAGAGGUUAUUAUCACCAUAAAAUUUUCCAUUAUCAAUUAUCUCAUUAAAAAAAUUGAAAAAUAGUAGGUAACAAUUUUUUUUGUCGCAAAAAUCCAUGAAUUUUAAUCAUUUUUUUAUAGAUUCGUAAUGUUUCCAAGAUUUAGAAAAUUCAAAAAAACAGAAUUUAGAAAAAUUUUUUUCAACUGAUUUUUUUCCAUAUUCCUUAGUUAUAUUAAAUAAUAACAAAAAUUUAAAAAAAUGAUUUUUUUCGAUAUUUCAGGCCUCGAGCAAACGCCCAACACUCUGCUCGGACCUCCAGUUGAUGAUCACCUUCGAAAACGACGAGUUCAACGAGUCGGACUAUGAUUUCCUGAAGGCCAACUUCCCGGGCAACUUCCAAGAGCGGAAAAAAAGAAGAUUUGGCGAAGAUUCUGGGCCCAGCUCUUCCGAAUGCUCCAAACAGCAGCUCCAACAAGUUUUGAACAGGAUUUCGCCUGAAAUUGCGAGGUAAAAAUGUAUUUUUGAUUUUUUAAUGAGUAAUUAGGGCUCAAAAAUGUAACUUUUCCAUGAAUUUCCUUCUUUUUUUUUUUGUUUUUUACUGUUCUAGUUACUUGAAGUUUUGAUAGGAUUGUUAAAAGGUAGGUUGAAAAUGUACUUUUUGCUUUUUGAUGAGUAUUUAGGGGUUCAUGUGAAUGUUUUGAAAAAUACAAUUUCUUGCGAAAAAUCCAUUUUUUUGUUAUGAACGAAAGAUAUUUCAAAUAUUUCAUCGUUUUUUUAAGGUUUUUGAUAGGAUUUUUUUCCUGGAAUUUCCAGGUUAAACAUUAUUUUCAAUUUUUUUCGAAGGAAUAAUGUGGGAUCAGCAACUACUUAUGAAGAUGUGGCUUUAAGUAAAUUUAAUUAAACAGAAAAAAAUUUAAUUUUUUUCCAUAGAUUUCUUUCUUUUUUUCUUGCUAGAUUUUUUUGAACUGAGGAUAUUUUAAUAACUUUCCGGUUAUUCAAAGUUUUUUUUAAUGGAGUUGCCUUGAAAUGGCUAGGUAAAAACUAUAUUUUUUUCCUUUAUAGAGAAUAUUUUGGGUUCAGUAACUCUUCAAUAUAAAUUUAAUAGUCGAAAAAUCGGAUUUUAACAGGGAAAAAAAUCUAACUUUUUUUAGACAAAUUUAUUUUUAUUUUGCCAAUUUUUUUGAUUUGUGAACGAUUUUUCAAAACUUAUCUUGUUUCUCGAAUUUCUUGAUACGGCUUUUUCCUGAUACUGCUGGGUAAAAAGUUUUUGACUUUUUUUAGAAAAAAAUUUUAAGGCUCUAAAGCUAUUUAUGAAGAAGUCCCUUGUUGAAAAAUUGUAUUUCACCAGAAAAAAAUCUAACUUUUUUUCAUGAAUCUUACUGUUUUCUCGCUGUAUUUUUUUGAAGUAAAGAUUUUUUUGCAAAAAUCAGAUUUUUUUAUGAUUUUUGUGCAAAAAAAUUGACGAAUUUCCGUAGAAACCUUAAAAAAAUCAGAGAUAAAUAUUUAUAAACGGUCGAAAAAAACUCGCUGGUUUUUUUCCAGAAAAUACUCGUACAAGUCGCCCACCAAGAAGUGUACCUACAAAUUGGAAUUCGAAAGAGAUCCGAUUUAUAUUGCUGGCCGUUAUUGUAAAUUCUCCCGUUCUUUGCCUCAGUCGCCGUGGAGCGAGGAGAAGGAUGCGCCGAGGGAACCAGGAAACUCGGUAAGAUUUCAGAUUAUUAUCAUGAAAAUGACAGAAAAAAAUACUUUGACGUUUUUUGAGAGAUAUCUUCCGGUCUUAGGUUGGGCGGGCCAGCCCGGGCUUUGUUGCAAAGAAGCCCGCGCGGGCUUAAGCCAGGCCAGGCUUUGAGUAGCGUUUUGAAAUUUCAUGAAGGUACACCAAAAAAAUAAAAUCUCACAAAAUGAAGCUGAAAGAUGUGCGCGGGCGGGCCGGCCCGACUUUUGGGUCCCAUUUUUUGCGAAGAUGCACGGUGUUGAGCCAGGCUAGGCUUUUUUAUUUUAUUUAUUUAUUUAUUUCACUCAAACACAAAAAUACAGAUACAGAAUAGAAAGUAUUUGAGUGAAGCGAAACCCGAUAUACAAACGCCCCAACGAGCGAUUUACCGGGAUGGGAUACACGUAUUGAAGAUUGAGAACAGAAGUUUCGGAUUUUUAUUUUUUUAGAGCAGUCUGUUGGGCACACUUGCGAGUAGUUCAUUGUUGUCGAGAGAGUCGAGAAAAAUUCCUGAAGCGGGAGGCUGAAGUGUUCAUGUCGAAUCUUGAGCACAGUCUGUUCCAAAUAGGAAUGACUGUACUGAAGAAACUGUUAAAACGAGGACCUGUCUGUAUGAGUCUCAUUGGAAAAACGAGGUGAAUCAGUUCUUCUGAAGAAAUUUUCUGCACUUGGAAAGUGGUAGGAGCCCAGGACUAAUUUUUUUGGAGAGUUAGUAGAGAAAUGAUUAUUCUCCUUCGGAAAGCAUGAACAGAGCCGAGUACACUUAGACGGUCAGAAUAUGAAUUAAAAACGAACAUUUCUUCUAAUAAACACCUCUCUGGUGAAGAAACGGAGAGGUUUUUCAAGUUGGGAGGAGAGGGCACUGGUUAGGGGUGGGUUAAAGACUUCACAGGCGUAUUCGAGGUAAGGACGUACAUAAAGAUUGAAGAGAAGCUUAUAUUGCGGUAAGCCGACAUGUGAAAAAGCCUUAAGAAGUUGACGAGAUUUCAACAUAGCAAUGUUGACAACAUGAUUAAUAUGAGAAUCGAAGGUGAGUCCUUUAUCAAUCAAAAGACCAAGGUCUCUAACCACACUUUCAGAUCUUAUAGGGUUUCCAUUUACUAGAUAAAUGUUCUCAGGAUUGUUUCUACCUAGGUGAAGGACGGUUGUUUUGUUGCCAGCCAAAGGCAGACCCCAUGUUUUGGACCAUUCCAAUAACUUGUUGAUAUUUUCUUGAAGUUCGAUAGAGUUAUUCGAAGAGAUUUUGAGAUCAUCCGCAAAAAGGUAGGAAGUCACAGAGCUGUCAAAAAUACUAGGAAGAUCAUUGAUGAAAAUUAAGAAAAGGAGGGGCCCCGUGACAGUUCCUUGAAGUACUCCAGAAACGACGUUAAAUUUUCUUUCGGAAAUAACUCCAUCUAUGAGGACACUGGAAGUGCGGUCAGAUAUGAAAUUUUUGAACCAUUUUAUCAUUGUUUCACUCAGACCGAAUGCUUUGAGUUUAGCCAAUAAGAGGUUGUGCGGAACAAAAUCGAAGGCUUUCAUGAAAUCAAAGUAAAUAACGUCAAUAAAGUUGCCUCUGCUGAUAGAAGAUUUCCAAUUUGCAAUGCUGUCUAGAAGGGCCAACAUGCAAGAUCUAUUAUUUAGAAAACCAAAUUGCUUCGAAAAGAAUUUUUGUAAAAUUCAUCAAAAAUUGUCAUUUUUAACACAAAGUAUUCACCAAAAAAUUAAAUUUUAUAACUUGAAGUUGAGCAGGAUCACGGGAUUUUCUGGGCGGGCGGUCUGGCCCGGGCUUUUAGACUCAUUUUUGCAAAGACGCGCGGGGUUGGGCUAGGCGAGGACUUCAAUAGAAUUUUCAAAAAUUUUACUGAAAAACUGUUAUUCUAACACAACGUUUCCAACAAAGAAUCAAAUUUUUCAACCCGAGGCCGAGCAGGAUUACGCGAUUUUCUGGGCGGGCGGCCUAGCCCGGGCUUUGGGUCCAUUUUUUCGAAAAAUAGUUUUUUGGAGCUUGUUGUCUUAUCAAAAUGUAUCUUGACCCACUUUAGUGCGGGAUUUUUCAAAAAGUUCGCCUGGGAAGCGCGAAAUGCGUGAAAUAGGACGGAAUCCUGGCCGUUCAAAAAAAUAUUCAAGCUUUUUUUGAAGGUCUCCGAGAAGGUCUGUGAUGUACUGAAGACGGAAUUCGGAGCCAGUGACAGUCGUUUCAUCACUUCUGGCCGGGAAGAUAUCGACGUUCGGAUGCUCGGAGAGGGACGGCCUUUCGUCGUGGAAUUGAGGAACUGCAAAACGACCAAGCCGUUGCAGGGGUGGGGAAGAAACUCGAUAGAAUCAUCCUUUUUUAACUUGUUUCAUUCAAAAGUCGCUAAUUUAUUGUUUUUUUUACACUUCUGCAAGGUUUCCUAUGAAGCAAGGUGAAGGGGUCUCUAGAGGAGAACCGCCACAGGCCCCUACGGGGACCACUUGAAAAAUGUUUCUAGACAAUGCUGUCGAAGGGCGGCCCGGGUCAGCCCGUCUCAUAAAAAAAGCUCAUGUUUUAUGUCCCUUUUUUUAUGUUUAAUACCACUAAGCUUUUUUUAAAAAUUAUUUUAUUUUUUUAAUAGGUUUUUGAACUUUGAACCAUACAUCGGCUGGAUCCCACCCCCACCUUUUGCGCGCGGAAAAAAAUUUGAGAAUGUACUGAAGUAAGCUGCACUUUUCGGGGGGUAGGCCCACUUUUUUUGGGGGUGGGAUUCAGCCGAAGUAUGCUUUGAACUCUGAGCAUUUUUUUGAGAAUAUGGAAUAAUAUGAAGGCUGAAAAAAAUUAGAUUUUUUUAAAAACUUUUUGUUUUUGGUUCUAGGCAUUUUUUCUUUGUUAGUGUCGAUUUUAAAAAAAUCCAUUGAAGAAGUUUUUUCUCCGUAUUUUCUCUUCAGUUAAAAAAAUUUUGUUGAACUGAGCACUCUUAAAAAAAUACUAAAUAGUGUUGGAGAAUUGAAAAAAAUAGCUUAUUUCAAACUUUUUCGAUUUUGUGCCCCCUUUUUUUGUUGGGAUUGAUUGAAAAAUAUCAUUGAACUCGCUUUUUUUAAAAAAAUUAAAUUUCAAGUAAAAUAUUUUAAAAAAAUCAAAUAUAUUAUUUGAAGAGAGUACUCUCAAUUGAAGCUUGAAAACUUGGAAAAAUGAUUUUUUGUUGACCCAGCGAAUUUUUAAAUUUCUCUUUCCAUUUUGCUUCCAAUUCAACCUAGAAAUGAGAAAAACAGGUUUCCGAUACAUGACCGGUUCUGUUACGUUUCAAUGGAUUUACAAGUUGCAAUAAAUCUGAUAAAUGAUUGACUUUCGGAAAUUUUUGUUGACGAUGAAAAAAAAAAUUUCUUUUUGUAGAACCCGAUACUUGGAGACGUUGCCGAUUGUGGAAGCGAAAAUCAACGGUCAAUUGGACAUCAAAGUGAAAUAUUUGACGAGGGUUCAAAGGGAUGUCGCCGAGAAGCUGAGCGUCGGCGAGGAAGGUUCAGAAAUCCCCUAAUUAAAGACCUAUAGCCGAUUCACAGCUAGCUUGGGACGCAAAAAGGCGUGACCUGUCUGCGCUCUCCACUAACCAUGCACUAUUUUCUUGUCAGAACCCUUUUUUCGAUGCCUCAAGCCAGCCCUGAAUCAGCUAUAUUGAUAACGAAAUUAUGAUUAAAAAAAUUAAAUUUAAAGUUAUUUUUUUAUUACACGGAAGGUCAUUUUACUUCAUAAUUUGUUGGAAGUUUGCUCAAACGCCUUCUGAAAGCUCAGAUAAGAAUCUCACACGGGGGGUGGGUUGAGAAUUUGAUAAAACUUGGUAUAUAGGUACUCUAGGACACCCUGAUGGGCAUAAAAUGGUAAAUUUCCAAAUUUUGAGCUGUUAUUUCACUCCAUCAUCAAAACUUCCUCAUUUUCCAAAUAAAAAAAUUGGCAAAAAUAGUUUCGCCGAAAAGGGACCGAACCUGCAUCAUAGUUUUCUCAACGCAAGGCCGCUAGCCACUUCACCACGCCACCUCCUGGCUGUGAAGGUUAACCGCCGCGCUAUAUUCCCUCCUUCCAUUCAAUGCAUUUUUCGCGUGCAAACUUCUAGAUGUCAUAACUCGACUAGAACACAAGAGGCGCACUUUUUUUCAACUUUAUUGGAAUCAGGGUGUUCGGAAGUACCUAUAUACCAAGUUUUAUCAAAUUCUCAAUCCACCACCUUUUGCACUCCCCGUGUCACGUCAGUCGUUUCCUGGUCCAACUUGUAGUUUUCACGAUAAUUAUUUUCAAAGCUCGAAAAGUUAGGCUUAAGCCUUUUUUAUACCGAAAUUUGUGCAAGUAGUACUAAGUAGACAGAAAAAUUUUUCACAAAAAGAGAAAAAAAUUUUUUUUUCCAAUUUUAAUAAAAACAUGAUGCCAUUUUUCUAGUUUGUAAAGUGAAAUUAAUUUAUUUGUGAAAAAAAUUCAUGAAUUUUUUUGAAAUCGAUUUUUUUCCAAGCAAGGGGAUUAUAGAUAUGUAAGCGUUCUUUAAAUCUUGGUUUAAAAAUAAAAUUAUAGUUUGAAAAAAAGUUUUAAAAAUUAGAAAAAAAGAGGAGAAUUUUUGUCAUAAGUUUGACGGAAAUUUUCUUGAAAAAUCCAACUUUAUUAAGAAAAAUUCAGUGAAAGACUUUUUUUAAAUCACAAAAAUAGUAAGAAAAUCUCGACAGUUAUCGAAUGAAAAAAAAUUGAAAAUGAAUAAAAUUUGCAGUUUUUUAUAUGAAUUUGGAAUACAUUUAGGUGAUUCAAGGUUUUUUUUAACUUAAAAGUUCGAUUUUAAUAGAAAAUUUGAAAAGAAAAAAUCAUAUUUCCUAUGAGUUUAUUGACCGUUUUUAGAAGGAAAAGUUGAAAAUAAUCACGAAUUUUUAUAAAAUUUUUUUGUUUCAGAAAAGCGGAAACAAUACACGGCCUACUGCUACAGUUCCCUGCCGUUGGCUCCAGAAUCCUUCGAAAAAGCUUUCGCGGCGAUUCCCGUCGAAGUAAUCAACUCUCAGCAUUGCUCAUGUUUGCCUAGGUUAUUCAAAAAACGCCGAUCCGGGUCCUGAAACGAAGAUCUUUGCUCGACCGCCCGAGAUCCGUCUACACCAUGGAGUUCCUUCCCUUGGAUAAGCAUCACUUUUUGACGAGGUAUGGGGGAAUUAGAGGCUUUGGUCGCAUUUGGAUUGGCUCGCUUCAAGGCGCGCCCGACCUGAAACUACUUGUUGACUAGUGACUUUGAGAAUUGUUGAAAGAAGUCCUGGUUUCCUCGUGUUCCUCAACCUAUCCAAGUUAUCGUUUUGUCACAACUUGAGAUCCCACGGCCGCAAUUGGAAUGGCUUGAAGCGCGCCCGACUUGAAAUUACUUGUCGAUUAGGCACUUCGAAAAAAGGCCCAAAAACUCCUUUUUUUCGAAUUUUCUAAACCUUGUUCGUUUUUCGUGUUUGAGAGCCCAUGACCGCAUUUGGAAUGGUUCGCUUCGAAGCGCGUCCGACCUGAAACUACUUGUUGACUAGUCACUAUGAGAAAUUUUAAGAAAAGUCCUUGUUUUUUCGUGUUCCUUAAUCUAUUCAAAUUAUCGUUUUUCACAACUCUAGAUCCUAUGACCGCAUUUGGAAUGGCUGGAAGCGCGUCCGACCUGAAACUACUUGUUGAACUUUGAGGAAUCUUUAAAGUAGAUCUCACUUUUUCCCAAAAUUUCUGUACCAUUCUUAAUUAUCGAACUUUCUCAAAUUUUUAGCACAAGGUCGCAUUUGGAAUGGUUCGGCGCAUUGCGGCUGCGAGGCGGUUUUUUUGAAAUUCACUCUAGAGAUCUCUGCGCCUCCAUUUUUCACAUACUCUCUCGUUAAUGGAGCCUGCGGGGAGUGAGUUAUAGCUGCAGCCGACUUGAAGUGACUUUCGCGUGAAGAAAAGUUUGAAAUGAAAAAAACUUCGAUUGAAAAGUUUUCCAACGAUAUUUCUUAUUCGAACCGCGACGCUUUGAGCCAUUCCAAGUGCGGCCACGUCUUUUAAUUUUCAGUAAAUUCAUCAUUUUCUCAUUUUAGAUUCCAAUUUGAACAUCUUCUACAAUAAAAAAACAAGUUUCCCGGUUUCAGAGUAGAAACCCAAGCUGGAACCUACAUCAAAGAGUUUGUCCAUGGCGAUUUUGGAAGGACCCGGCCUUCUUUGGCUGACUUGCUUGGCGUCGAGCAGGGAGAGGUCGGGCGCAAAAAUCAUCCUUCAAAAAUAAAAUGUCUCAGGUCGACAUUUUGGAAUUGGACGUGGAGAAGGUCGACCAUCCGUGGCCGCCGAAAUAUGAAAAACCCGUUCAUUUUAGAUGA